AUGGACUUCAUUAGUGGGUUGCCUAUAACACUCACUAAAAAGGAUUCUAUGUGGGUCGUCAUGGAUCAAUUGACCAAUUCUGGACAUUUCAUUCCUAUUAGGACGGACUUCUCCUUGCAAAAGCUGGCUAAGCUCUACAUUUCCGAGAUAGUGAGGUUGCAUGGGGUUCCUAUUUCGAUCAUCUCCGAUAGGGAUCCUCGUUUUACGUCUCAGUUUUGGCAGAAACUUCAUGAAGCUUUGGGUUCUCAUCUCGAUUUCAGUACUACCUUUCAUCCUCAGACAGAUGGUGAGCGACGAAUUCUAUGUCCGGAGUUAGUAUUAGAGACUAAGGAUAAGGUCCACGUGAUUUCUGAUCGACUGAAAGUGAAUUCUGAUAGACAAAAGUCCUAUGUGGAUUUGAAAAGGAAGGACAUCGAGUAUUUUGUGGGAGACAUGAUUCUGAAGCGAGUGGGACUAGUCACAUAUCAGUUGGAGCGUCCUCCAGAGUUGGAUCGUAUACAUGACAUAUUUCACAUGUCAAUGUUGAGACGCUAUCCCUCCGAUCCUACUCACAUUGUGCCUGUGGAGGAGAUUGAGGUUAGACCGGAUCUGACUUUUGAGGAGAAGCCAGUUCAGAUUUUAGAUUGCGACAUUAAGAUUCUGUGUAGGAAAUCUAUUCCCUUGGUGAAGUGGUUAGGUGGCAAUGGAUUACGCUUAGGGUCUGGAGUUCGAUUCCUUGUAGUGGCAAUGGGAUUAUUUUUACUGCAAGUUUUGGCUAAGAGUUAG